UAUUAAUAAUAAAAUAUUUCAAAAACACAAACCAAGAACAAUAACAUGAAAUAACGCAAAAUAACACAAACCAAGAACAAAUGUGCAGUGCCAGUGGCCCGUAAUUCAGUUGCUCUAUAACUAUAACUAUAAAGGGGGCUUCAUAUUCUUUACCACACUCAGAGAGAGAGAGAUGUCGGCAACUGCACCACUGGUCAGCCGGGAAUCUCUGGCGGCCAUCACAACUGUCAAACGCCUUUCGGAGUCGUCUGAUCUCAAAUCUAUACCUCCUAACUACGCCUAUUACACAGAUCCUACGGAUACAAUUGAUUCAGACUCGGCUGACUGUCAAAUUCCCAUAAUCGAUCUCUCACUUCUCACCUCAGCCGAUUCCGAACAGAGCUCCAGAGCCGUACAGGACCUAGACAAGGCCUGCCGAGAAUGGGGCUUUUUCAUGGUGGUGAAUCAUGGAAUACCAGAAGAGCUUACCAGAGGUAUUCUUGAAGUGGCAGGGGAAUUUUUCGAUCUGCCGGAGGAAGAAAAGCCCGAAUUUCAGCCCAAGAAUGUUUUGGACCCGAUUAGAUACGGGACGAGCUUCAACACUGCCAAAGAGGAGGUAUUUUGCUGGAGGGACUUCUUGAAGAGAAUUAUUACUGGAAUACUGCGAAAGAACUCGAGAUAUAGUGAGGAAACUGGUAAGGGCAAUAUCAGAGAGCAUGGGCCUCCAAGAGAACGAGAUGGAUCGGGCUUUGGAUUUGGGCUCGACUCUACAGAUUUUCGUCGCGAACUUGUACCCAAAAUGCCCGAAUCCUGAAAUGGCCAUGGGUAUACCGUCACAUUCGGAUCACGGGCUUUUCACGCUCCUUAUAGAAAACCAAGUGGGCGGCCUGCAAAUACAACACCAGGGCAAAUGGAUCAAUGUGAAUUCACUUCCUAACUCCAUUUUGGUCAACACGGGCGAUCAUCUUGAGAUAUUCAGCAAUGGGAGGUACAAGAGUGUGUUGCAUAGAGCUGUGGUGAACAAUCAAAAGACGAGGAUUUCCGUAGCCAUGACCAACGGGCCGUCACCCGAGACAGUGGUGAGCCCAGCUACGAGCCUCUUGCGGGCCCAAGGUUGUGUGCCGGCUUAUGUUCCGAUGAAGUACAAGGAUUACCUGCUGUCACAGCAGAGUAGCCCGCUCAAAGGAAAAUCAGUCCUCAAGCAAGUUCAGCUUGAUAAUGAUAUAGGCGACAAGGUGUUGACCGAUUCUUCUGUGGUCAAAGUCGUGCCUUCUAAACUCAACUACGAAAAUAAGCCGAGCGCGUUGACUUAUGAUGCAAUCCCCAUCGUUGAUUACUCGGCCUUCACAGAUCCCGAUCGACGGUCCAAAGCCCUUCACAGCCUCAACAAAGCAUGUCGUGACUGGGGUUUCUUCAUUCUUGUGAACCAUGGGGUGCGGGAGGAAUUAACGAGGGAUGUUCUUACUGCGACCAGGGAUUUUUUCAAUUUACCAUACGGUGAAAAGAAGCCAUAUGAAGCCAAGAGUAUUUUCAAUGUCUCCACAACCUCAAAUCAGGGCUUCAGAGAUUUCCUUAAGCUCUAUAUUCAUCCUCAAUUUCACUGCCCCCUCAAACCACAACCCUUGAGGGAUGUUUUGUUGGAAUACGGCAAAAUAACCCGGAAAAUAGCACAGGAAUUGGUGGAUGCGGCUUGUGAGAGCAUAGGCCUGGAAAAAGGCUAUGCGUACGAGGCUUUGGAGUUGGACUCGACUUUUCAAAUAUUCGCGGCGAAUUUGUACCCACCUUGCCCGAAGCCCGAUGAAGCUAUUGGGAUUCCGGCCCAUACAGAUCCGGGUCUCUUCACUUUUUUGAUCAACAACGGUGUUGUGGGCCUGCAGAUCCAACACAAUGGCCGGUGGAUUGAGGUCCAUUCCCCAAAUAAUUCCAUUAUGGUCAACGUUGCUGACCAACUCCAGAUUUUUAGCAAUGGGAGAUACAAGAGCGUGAAGCAUAGAGCGGUGGUGAACAGCGAAAGAGAGAGGAUGUCAAUUGUGGUGGCCAAUGGGCCGUCGGGCGAGGCUGUCGUGGGCCCGGCUGAGCCACUCGUGAGAAUGGACGGACGGCCAUUUUAUGAGCGGAUGAAAUACAUGGACUAUGUGGAGUAUCAGGUCACCAAAGGCCGGGACGAUAGAAAACCCAUUCUGGAGCAGAUGAUGAUUCAAUAGUGUUAUUGUUUGUUACGUACUAUGCCGAUUAUGAGUAUUUCAUUUACGUUUGGUUGAAAAAUAAAAAAUGUAAAAGAUAAAAUAUGUCAAUGUAUGUGUCACAUUUGUGCGUUAUCAAAGUUUUCAAAUUGGGGUUUAAAUUUUGGGGAAAAAUUCAAAACUAGUUUCACAUGUUUAGGGGUGACACUUUUGGUUCCGACGGAAUACAGAAAAUAUGAAUAGUCCCGCAGCUUUUAGAAAAUGAUCAAAAGUGGGACUUUUAUUGCUGGAUUUACAUUUUCCGGCUCGAAAAGCCACGACGCGCACAACUGGCUUAUUUUUUUUUACACGUUGGCUUAUUUCUUUUACACGCAGGCGCUUGC